CGCUCCCGCCUCCCGGGCCGCAGACAGGAAGCCGUCCGCGCCGGGGGCUUCUGGGAAACGGCUGGGAUCGGCGUCUCUGCGUCGGCCGCGGACAGCGGAGCUGCUGCGCUUCCCGAGCCCGAGGGUGUCUUAGGAUUGCCUGUGAAGAACACGAGGUAUUUCUCUGAGGCCCGUGCUCUGCCCGUCUUGAUAGUCUUUGCUUGGAGUCUUAAAAUCAGGAUGUCUGCACCGUCAGUGGAAGAAGAUUCGAUACUCAUCAUCCCAACUGCAGAUGAGGAGGAAAAAAUUCUGAGAGUGAAGUUGGAGGAGGAUCCCGAUGGUGAAGAGGGAUCAAGCAUCCCCUGGAACCAUCUCCCGGACCCAGAGGUGUUCCGGCAGCGGUUCCGGAAGUUUGGGUACCAGGAUUCACCGGGGCCGCGGGAAGCUGUGAGCCGGCUUCGAGAACUCUGCCGUCUGUGGCUCAGGCCCGAGUCACACACGAAAGAACAGAUCCUGGAGCUGGUCGUGCUGGAGCAGUUCGUUGCCAUCCUACCCAAGGAGCUGCAGACGUGGGUCCGAGAGCAUCACCCAGAGAACGGAGAGGAGGCCGUGACGGUGCUGGAGGAUUUAGAGAGUGAGCUGGAUGAUCCCGGGCAGCCGGUUUCUCUCCGCCGGCGGAAACGGGAGGUGCUGGUAGAGGAGAUUGUAUCUCAAGAAGAAGCUCAGGGAUUACCAAGUUCUGAGCUUGAUGCUGUGGAAAACCAGCUCAAGUGGGCAUCCUGGGAACUCCACUCCCUAAGACACUGUGAUGAUGAUGCUAGGACUGAAAAUGGAGCGUUGGCUCCAAAGCAGGAGAUUCCUUCAGCAGUGGAAUCUCAGGAAGUUCCUGGCACUCUCGGUGUGGGGGUGCCUCAGAUUUUUAAAUACGGAGAAGCCUGCUUCCCUAAGGGCAGGUUUGAAAGAAAGAGAAAUCCUUCGAGAAAGAAACAACAUAUAUGCGAUGAAUGUGGAAAACACUUCAGUCAGGGUUCAGCUCUGAUUCUGCAUCAAAGAAUCCACAGUGGAGAGAAACCCUACGGAUGUGUUGAAUGUGGGAAGGCGUUCAGCCGAAGUUCCAUCCUUGUACAACACCAGCGAGUGCACACUGGGGAAAAACCGUACAAAUGUCUCGAAUGCGGGAAAGCCUUUAGCCAGAAUUCUGGGCUUAUUAAUCAUCAGAGAAUCCACACUGGGGAGAAACCUUACGAAUGUGUGCAGUGUGGGAAAUCCUAUAGUCAAAGCUCAAACCUUUUCAGGCAUCAGCGAAGACACAAUGCAGAAAAACUGCUGAAUGUUGUGAAAGUUUAAGAAAUUAGAAGGAAAAGUCAGCACUCAGGUCUAUUUCUUCAGAAAUGAAGACAAAAUUAAAAACAUGGAAUGAUACAUAAUGAUACAGUUUGGUCUCCCUAUAAGAAUGUUAGAAAAUCCACUGGGAAAACGUAGAACAUUGUCACUCAACAUUAUUUUGUUUGCAAAGAAAUGGUGUCAUUCCUGCCUAGAAAUUUUGAACGUAAUUCACAUAUGAAUGUCUAAAUUUUUCAUGUAAUGUUUAUAUUCUUACUAUUUUUUCCAAAUAAUGAUCUGUUCUUUGUCUCUAACAGUUUUUCUUUGUAGACAGACACAUUAGUUUGUGUUGAUUAUUGAAUCAUUCUUUGCAAGGAUACACUCCUUUCCUAUCUACGUUAAAAGGCAACAUAAGGAUUAUGAAGUCUGAAAACCAAAACCAUCUUCUCAGAAUUUACUUUUUUGGUUUUUUUUUUUACCCAAUUUGGAUAUGCAUUUCAGAAAAUAGAAGAUAAAAAAUGAAUAAAAGCUUCAAAGUAAAAUUAGAAGUGAUGGUGAUAAAACAUCAAAAAGUGAAUGGGACACCUAGGUUGGGAAAGAUAUAAAAAUAUUUUGAUCCAAGGAUUGAAGUGUAUCAAGAAUUUAUCUAGAUGUAAUCAUUUGCCUGUAGGGAAAUAAAAAUGCAUCCUUUCUGUAAUUUGGAGGCAUCCCACUAAUGAAAAUAAUGUUCUAUGUAUCAUUAGAAAGUGGACAGUCUAAACAUUAAUCAUAAACUACAAACGUAGA